AUGUCUACUACAGUUCGUUCAAGCAUCAACAAGAAGCAGGCAGAAGUUGAGCAGCUGAAAGCUGCAAGAGAUACACUUCUCCAGGAGUUCCAAAAGCUAAGCGCCGAGCUCUCCAUUCAGUCUCAACCUAAGGACGUCGUUAGCCUCCACAUUCAGAGACUUAAGGAGUACAACGAACUAAGGGAUACAGGUCUGAGACUCACUCAACUGAUAGCUGAUGAAAAAAGAUGCAAAGUCAAGGAAGUAUUUGAAGAGAUGGGAUACGAUAUGAUAGAUUACUGA